CUCUGGCUAACCCGGGUGUAUAGGGAUACUCAGCGUUGUGUCGCCGUGGCACCAGGUGUGUGGAUCUCAGUGUGGUGACUGGUGCUUGCAAGGCCGUCAGGAUGAUGCGAGCAGGAGGACUUUUGAAACUGGCAGUGCUGGUUUCUAUCUUAUUUCUAGUUGUGUUCCUGGCAUUUGAGCUAUUAGAGAGCAAUAUGAAUUUAAAUUUGGGGAAAGUACUUGCACGAUAUGCACCUGCAGAGACUGUCCCCACCAGGCCUCCGCGCCACAAAUGCGGCCUUUCUAAAUCAUGUCCCGAGGACCAUUUUGCUUUUAAGAUCACCAGUGGAGCAGCCAGCGUUGUCGGCCCGAAAAUGUGUUUGCAAGACAAUGUAUUAAUGAGUGGAGUAAAGAACAACGUUGGACGGGGUAUAAACAUUGCUUUGAUCAAUGGCAAGACCGGCGAGCUCACCAAGAUUGAUUCCUUUGACAUGUGGUCUGGAGAUGUGAACCAUCUUAUCAAAUUCUUAAAGGAAAUAGAAGAUGGAAGCAUUGUCAUGAUGGCCACUUUUGAUGAUCCUGCAACAAAGCUAAACGAUGAGGCCAGAAAUAUGAUAGCAGAAUUAGGCAGCUCAAGCAUCAGCAUACUGGGAUUUAGAGAUAACUGGGUGUUUGUUGGAGGCAAAGGGAUCAAGACAAAGAGCCCCUUUGAGCAGCACAUCAAGAACAACGCAGAGACUAACAAGUAUGAAGGCUGGCCAGAGGUUUUAGAGAUGGAAGGAUGCAUUCCUAUGAAACAUGAGUAGAAUCAACCUCUCACUGUAUUUCAAAUUAUUUAGCAUUUUCAUGUACAGCCUGGAGAAGGUUGAAAAGUUCAAAAUUGAACAUAUGCAAAGUUGUAUUGUUCAAUUAGCAUUGACAAUGGUGCAAGUGAGAGUAGAGUAUAGACUUUAAAUUUGUUGGUUGACUUCCUGUAUUUUGAAUAUUGCCAUUAGUGCUCCUGAGCAUUUGCUCUAUUUUUGUAUUUGUUUUACAGGGUUCCCACUACUUUUGAACAGUGAGUUUCCAUUACGUUUCUUCCAAUUGUCCAUGAUCACUAAAUGGAUUGCAAUCACAAAGACCAAUAUGUAGCCAGGUCAAUAUUUUAGUUGAAAAUCACUAUAAAAAUGUAUAUUCACCAUAGAAAUAUCCACAACUUAAAUUGUUGUGAAUUUUCCAGCCCUGGAAUUCAGUCUUAAAAUUCCAUGCCUAUGGGGUUUGUUUUAAUAACUGGUCCAUAAACAGCAAGUUUUUUUUUUUUGCCAUUUGUGAGGUUUCAGUGUCAUAAGGAAAAGAGAGAUAUUGAAUCAGAUGAUUUACUGCAUGUUUUCUUGUGUACUGUUUUUUUCUUUCCUCCCAAAAAUAUAAAUGGAGAGGGUUUGCGCUUAUAUUUAUCACUGCACUAUGACACCCUAAAUGUUGAUCAUACUGGAUUGAAGUGAAAUGGCUGAGGGCUGCUGUCACCAAAAAUUUAUUUAUUUCUUUGUUUAUGGUAAUAUUUAUUUUUCUACUGGCAAAGGUAUUUUGACUGCUGGACUUUAUUCCUGAAGGUAAAUAAUGAAGAAUCUUGUUUUAAAUCCUUGAAUUUAAAAACUGCCCCAUAUCUCUGGUGUGUGAUGGGUUGUUAUUGAUUUGUGUUGGUUUUUGACCUACUGUUAAACUACUGUUUUCAGCUUCAUGCCAUUUAUCCUUAGCUUUUGGGAAUGUUGUUACAUAUGGGAAGUUCAAAAAUGUUCAAAGAUUUCCAUGCGUUAUUGUGUUGAUGGUCUGUCUGGUUUCUGCACAUUCUGAGAUUAUUUGAGCUGUAUGUCUAGCAGCUGUUACAUGCCGUUAGUGUUUAUAGCAAGCAAUAACAAUAUCAUACAACAUAACUGCUUUUAUUCCUUAUUGUGCCUUCUGCAGUGUCAAUAAUAUGCGCUUUUCUAACUAGUAAAAUGUCCCAUAAUUAUUAAAGAAUUAUAAUGCAAAACUAAUGAUCUCUACUUGUUAAUUUUAUAAUUCCCUGCACGAUUUUUACUACAUACUGUGAAGUUGUGGAUUGAAACCCAUUACUUUUGUAAGAAAACCAGUUGUGUGCCUUAUUUACCACAAUUAUCAAAUGAUUUUAUCUACUUUUUUUGUGAGAAAUCAUUGAUGUUGCAUGUCAUGGCCUUAACGUGUAAAGCUGUUUUAAGGAUUUCUUUUAAUCUAAAUUAAAUUUAAAUCAAGUAAA